AGCUGGAGCUGAACACCAAGUGCGUGGUGGAGAUGGAAGGGAACCAGACGGUCCUGCACCCUCCUCCUUCCAACAGCAAGCAGGGAGAAAGGAAACCUCCCAAGGUAUUUGCCUUUGAUUAUUGCUUUUGGUCCAUGGAUGAAUCUAACACGACAAAAUAUGCUGGUCAAGAAGUGGUUUUCAAGUGCCUUGGGGAAGGAAUUCUUGAGAAAGCCUUUCAGGGGUAUAAUGCUUGUAUUUUUGCAUAUGGACAGACAGGUUCGGGGAAGUCCUUCUCCAUGAUGGGCCAUGCCGAACAGCUGGGCCUCAUCCCAAGGCUCUGCUGUGCUUUAUUUAGAAGGAUCUCUUUGGAGCAGAAUGAGUCACAGACCUUUAAAGUCGAAGUAUCCUACAUGGAAAUUUAUAAUGAGAAAGUUCGGGAUCUCUUAGACCCCAAAGGGAGUAGACAGUCUCUUAAAGUUCGUGAACAUAAGGUGUUGGGACCCUAUGUGGAUGGUUUAUCUCAGCUGGCUGUCACUAGUUUUGAGGACAUCGAGUCAUUGAUGUCUGAGGGAAAUAAAUCUCGAACGGUGGCCGCGACCAACAUGAAUGAAGAAAGCAGCCGCUCCCAUGCCGUGUUCAACAUCAUCAUCACUCAGACGCUGUACGACCUGCAGUCCGGGAACUCGGGAGAGAAAGUCAGUAAGGUCAGCUUGGUCGACCUGGCGGGAAGCGAGAGAGUGUCUAAGACAGGAGCCGCAGGAGAGCGGCUGAAAGAAGGCAGCAACAUUAACAAGUCGCUUACAACCUUGGGCUUGGUCAUAUCCUCACUGGCUGACCAGGCAGCUGGCAAGGGCAAAAACAAGUUUGUGCCUUAUCGAGACUCAGUCCUCACUUGGCUUCUCAAGGACAACCUGGGGGGCAACAGCCAGACCUCCAUGAUCGCCACCAUCAGCCCAGCCGCAGACAACUACGAAGAGACCCUGUCCACCCUGAGAUACGCAGAUCGGGCCAAACGGAUCGUGAACCACGCUGUGGUGAAUGAGGACCCCAACGCGAAAGUCAUCCGGGAGCUGCGAGAGGAGGUGGAGAAGCUGAGAGAGCAGCUCUCGCGGGCCGAGGCCAUGAAGGCCCCUGAACUAAAGGAGAAACUCGAAGAGUCUGAAAAGCUGAUAAAAGAACUAACAGUGACAUGGGAAGAGAAGCUGAGGAAAACAGAAGAGAUCGCACAGGAGAGACAGCGGCAACUCGAAAGCAUGGGGAUCUCCCUGGAGACGUCCGGCAUCAAGGUGGGCGAGGACAAGUGCUACUUAGUCAACCUGAACGCAGACCCUGCUCUCAACGAGCUGCUGGUGUAUUACUUAAAGGACCACACCAGGGUGGGUGCCGACACCUCCCAGGAUAUCCAGCUGUUCGGCAUAGGGAUCCAGCCUGAGCACUGUGAAAUCGCGAUUGCUUCUGACGGGGACGUCACGCUCACCCCGAAAGAAAAUGCAAGGUCCUGCGUAAACGGCGCCCAGGUGUGCAGUGGCACCCAGCUGUGGCACGGGGACCGCAUCCUGUGGGGGAAUAACCACUUUUUCAGAAUUAACUUACCGAAGAGGAAACGGCGAGACUGGCUGAAAGACUUGGAGAAAGAGACGGGUCCGCCGGAGCACGACCUGGACGCGGCCAGCGAGGCAUCCUCCGAGCCGGACUACAACUACGAGUUUGCACAGAUGGAGGUCAUCAUGAAGACGCUGAACAGCAACGACCCCGUGCAGAACGUGGUCCAGGUCCUGGAGAAGCAGUACCUGGAGGAGAAGCGGAGCGCCCUGGAGGAGCAGCGGCUCAUGUACGAGCGGGAGCUGGAGCAGCUCCGCCAGCAGCUGUCCCCGGAGAGGCGCGCCAGCGCCCCCCCCCGCCGGGCCUACAGCAGCCAGACGGCACAGCAGCAAGUGACCCAGUGGGCAGAGGAGAGGGAUGAGCUUUUCCGGCAAAGCCUGGCCAAACUGCGAGAGCAGCUGGUGAAAGCCAACACCUUGGUGAGGGAGGCCAACUUCCUGGCGGAGGAAAUGCGCAAGCUCACCGAUUACCAAGUGACUCUCCAGAUCCCCGCCACGAACCUCAGUGCCAACAGAAAGAGGGGGGUCAUCGUGAGCGAGCCGGCCAUCCAGGUGAGGCGGAAAGGAAAGAGCACACAGGUGUGGACCAUCGAGAAGCUGGAGAAUAAAUUAAUCGACAUGCGCGACCUUUACCAAGAAUGGAAGGAGAAAGUUCCAGAGGCAAAGAGACUCUACGGGAAACGAGGGGACCCUUUCUAUGAAGCCCAAGAGAACCACAACCUCAUCGGGGUGGCUAACGUGUUCUUGGAAUGCCUGUUCUGUGACGUGAAGCUUCAGUAUGCAGUCCCCAUCAUCAGCCAGCAGGGGGAGGUCGCCGGGCGCCUGCACGUGGAGGUGAUGCGCGUCACGGGAGCCGUCCCGGAGCGCGUGGUGGAGGAUGACUCCUCGGAGAACUCCAGCGAGAGCGGGAGCCUGGAGGUCGUGGACAGCAGUGGCGAGAUCGCUCACCGCGUCAAGAAGCUGACCUGCCGGGUAAAAAUUAAAGAGGCAACUGGACUGCCCUUAAACCUCUCGAAUUUCGUCUUCUGCCAGUACACGUUCUGGGACCAGUGCGAGUCCACAGUGGCUGCCCCGGUGGUAGACCCAGACGUGCCUUCACCACAGUCCAAGGAUGCCCGGUACUCGGUGACCUUCUCCCACUGUAAGGACUAUGUGGUGAAUGUAACAGAAGAAUUCCUGGAGUUCAUUUCGGAGGGAGCGUUGGCAAUUGAAGUGUGGGGCCACCGCUGUGCAGGAAAUGGUAGCUCCAUCUGGGAGGUGGAUUCGCUUCACGCUAAGACAAGAACCUUACACGACAGGUGGAAUGAAGUGACGCGCAGAAUCGAAAUGUGGAUCUCCAUAUUGGAACUGAACGAGCUGGGAGAGUACGCUGCGGUGGAACUCCACCAGGCCAAAGAUGUCAACACUGGGGGCAUCUUUCAGCUCAGACAGGGUCACUCCCGUAGAGUGCAAGUCACAGUCAAGCCUGUCCAGCAUUCGGGGACGCUGCCGCUCAUGGUGGAAGCCAUCUUGUCAGUGUCCAUCGGCUGCGUGACUGCCAGGUCCACCAAACUCCAGAGAGGGCUGGACAGUUACCAGCAGAGAGAUGAUGAGGAUGGUGAUGAUAUGGAUAGUUAUCAGGAAGAAGACUUGAACUGCGUAAGGGAGAGGUGGUCAGAUGCGCUCAUUAAACGGCGAGAAUACUUGGACGAACAGAUUAAGAAAGUGAGCAAUAAAAAAGAGAAAACAGAAGACGACGUGGAACGGGAAGCCCGGCUUGUGGGCCAGUGGGUGGGCCUGACCGAGGAGAGGAACGCCGUGCUGGUGCCGGCCCCUGGCAGCGGCAUCCCUGGGGCGCCCGCCGACUGGGUCCCACCUCCCGGAAUGGAAACCCACAUCCCUGUUCUCUUCCUUGAUUUGAAUGCCGAUGACCUCAGUGCCAAUGAGCAGCUCGUCGGCCCCCACGCGUCGGGCGUGAACUCCAUCCUGCCCAAGGAGCACGGCAGCCAGUUUUUCUACCUACCUAUCAUCAAGCACAGUGACGAGGAGGUUUCAGCCACAGCCUCCUGGGACUCCUCCGUGCAUGACUCUGUUCACCUGAAUAGGGUCACGCCGCAGAACGAAAGGAUUUACCUCAUCGUGAAGGCCACGGUCCAGCUCAGCCACCCGGCUGCCAUGGAGCUGGUGUUACGGAAACGGAUCGCAGCCAACAUCUACAAUAAGCAGAGUUUCACACAGAGUUUGAAGAGGAGAAUAUCGUUGAAAAACAUAUUUUAUUCCUGUGGAGUAACCUAUGAAAUAGUAUCCAAUAUACCAAAGGCCACCGAGGAGAUCGAGGACCGGGAGACGCUGGCCCUGCUGGCGGCCAGGAGCGACAGCGAGGGCACGUGUGAUGGGGAGACGUACAUCGAGAAGUACACGCGGGGCGUGCUGCAGCUGGAGAACAUCCUGAGCCUGGAGCGGCUCCGGCAGGCUGUCACGGUUAAAGAAGCACUUUCCGCCAAAGCCCGGCACAUCCGGAGGAGCGUCAGCACGCCCAACGUCCACAACGUCUCUUCCAGUCGAGGAGACCUUUCUGGCUUUGACGAAGAUGACAAGGGUUGGCUGGAGAACCAGUUAGAUGUGUCCGACUACAGCUCCAGUUACCAAGAUGUGGCGUGUUACGGAACUUUACCCAGGGAUUCUCCUCGGAGGAGUAAAGAAGGGAGUGGUUGUGCAGCCGAGAGCCCUCAUGCCUUAACCGUGAGCCCUUUUAAAGCAUUCUCUCCUCAGCCACCAAAGUUUUUCAAACCCCUAAUGCCUGUCAAAGAGGAGCAUAAGAAAAGGACAGCCCUCGAAGCAAGACCUCUUCUGAGCCAGGAGAGCGUGCUUCCACCCCAGGCACCUAGCCCCGGCUGCAUUGUGCCCCCAGGAAGCAAUGGCAGCUGCAUGCCACUAGAACACGAUAGCAAACGUGAGAAGAAGAUUGACUCCGAGGAGGAGGAGGGUGAGCUGGAAGCUCUCAACAGAACGCUGAUGAGUUCGCAGCCUUACGUACCCGUGGAGUUUGCCGACUUCAGUGUCUACAACGCCGGCUUGGAGAGUAGGGAGUGGUUCUCGAAAGCGGAUCUGAGCAGCUCGCGGGCCCUGGAGAAGGAAGUGUCCCGCAGCCCCACCGCCAGCAGCAUCACCAGCGGCUACUUCUCCCACAGUGCCUCCAAUGCCACCCUGUCUGACGUGGCUGUCCCAACCAGCGACAGCUCGGAUCAGCUGGCCGUGCAGACGAGGGACGCAGACUCCAGCGAGCACGGCGGGCCAUCUCUGGGGCCGGAGUUCAGACCGUCCCCACACAGAGAGCUGACGGAAGGGGAGCGGGGCUCAGGGCAGGAGAAGGUAACUGCCGGGCCACAGCAGGAAGACAGUGCCUUACCCGGGGCCAGCCUGGCGUGGCAGAGCCCCCCGGAGAAGAGCGCCGACGUGCCCGGCAGGACUGGCCCCCGCUUGGGACUCAGCAGCCGGCCGGCCCGAGAGCUCUGCCCCCGGGAGGUGACGGUGGAGCACACCACAGACGUCCUGGAGGACCAUGCCUUCACAGAGUUCAUGGGUGUGGCCGAUGGAAAAGACUUGGACGGUGUGAGAGAUUCUGCUGGAGCGCUUCUGAGCCGGAGGGACCGACCAAAUAAGGCGGAGAGCACGCGGGUCCCGGAUGGGCCGCAGCCCCCUGGCAGGCCAUGCUCCGAGCUCGAGAAUGACCAGGGUGGCACAACCACUCGGUGAAGGCAGCCUGCACUUCGCCCGCGGGCCAUGGCCAGCAUCUUGGUUCGCCUGGUCUCCUUGGGAAAGCACCAGCCCACUGCUGCCACCUGCAGUGCCCAGCCUGACCUCACACCAGCGCCGAGAAGCCAUGCGCCUCCGGGGCCGCCUCCGUUCUCCCCAGGGGGCAGGACGGCACCCUGUCACUCAGAUGAACCGCAGCCUCCACUUUUCCCAGAAGGCCAGAGAACUGAACAUCCCGGACGAGCUAGGCGACAGUAUUUCUCUUUGCACUUACUUCGUCCCCCCCUGGGGAGAAGCUGCGACAGACCAACAGACUGCGUCCUUGUAUGGUUCUCAUCAGUUCUGACCGUGGGAUCAGAUUCGUCUUUUUUAUAUAAAUAAUAUAUAUUAUGUAUAUGAAAUGUAUAUCUAUAGUACGUCUGUUUGGAGACAGACAAGGCUGCAUACUAAAAUGCAGAUAAGGUCGAUUUGUGGAAAAUCAUAAGGUACUGGACUUUGUUACAAAGCAGCUUGGGCGCUCUCUUCUAGGCGAGCAGCUGGAAAGUUCUUUCUCGUCUGAGAAUGAGGCUGCAAAUCCCUCUUUGCAGAAACGGUUACAGAAUGCUGUUCUUUAUAACCAAAGACCCGACGUCAGCCUGACGUUCCUGCUGCCCCCUCCUGCUGUGUGUGACCACGUGUGUCUGCCUGCAAGCUUGGUGCCACUGUUUACCAGGCCACGUGCUGCCGUCUGUCCUCCGUGGCCAAGCACACCAAACACUCACAGCUACAUUCUUGGGUCUUCCAGCUGGCCCGCCACCUGCUGACCUGACACUGUCAGAUGCAGUGACAGCGGCCCGGGCUCUGUCUCCGCCAUCUCCUGCCCCUUGUUCCAUCAUGGCCAGGCGGUGGGAUGCCAACGGCAGACAGCGGUUUACUGCCAGCAAACACAGGGUCAUACCAGGAGCUGGGGGUGGGAAGGGUGGGGUGUUGAUCUGGGGGGGUUUGUGGUUUUGUUUGGGAUCGGUAGCUUUCGUCGUGGUGUGGUUCUGCUGUUAUUUUGCUUACUUCUGGAAAAUGCUGAAGGGAUGGAUGGAGCUAUUAAAUACCACUCACGGGGCAUGCGUGUUUGCAGGAGGUGAUUCGAUGCAGACGGCCCAGCUGUCAUGUCAUUUAUAAAAUUCUCCUGCAGACGGAACCCUGAAGGAUUACAUGUGUGGCGGUUUCUGUAGACGUCCUCUGUGUACCUGUUCUGUAGACGCCUGGACCGCGGGUUGGGCGUACAGGUCUCCACGUGUCGUGAAAUCAAGAGCGAAGGUCCACUCUUGACGUUCUCAGCGUCCGUAAACGAGUAAGAUGUUGGAGACCCGACUGAAAAGCUGCUGUCCGUGAUCUGUGUGUGUACUGAGCUGACUGUAGGAGUUUACUGUCGUCCGUUUAAAAAAGAGAAAGUGUAAUUUA